AUGGAUCAGUUCUGCCCUCAGUGCAAGUCAGACUCUUAUUUGAACCCAAACAUAAAGAUUUACAUCAGUCCUUGCUAUCAUAAGAUGUGUGAAAACUGCGUAUCAAGGAUAUUUUCGCAAGGUGAAUCUGCGUGUCCCGAAUGUGGCACAUUAUUGCGGCGGAUUAAUUUUAUCUCGCAGACAUUUGAAGACAUCGAUGUUGAGAGAGAAUGUAGGAUAAGGAAGAUGCUCAACAGAGUAUUCAACAAAGAAGAAACGGACUUUGAUAGUGGAGACGAGUACGACGACUAUUUGGAGAUGUAUGAAGACGUGAUACAAGAACUAAUGCAACUGAAAAAUGACAUGCUGGUUACCAAGCGAAUUGAGUCCCUCAAAGAUGAUGCGUUCAUUCACAAGAGCGAAAUUAUAGCGAAGCGACGAAAAGUUCAGGAAAAUGUGGACAAGUCCACGAGUACAGCAAAAGACGUGCAAGUGUCUUAUGAUCCGUUAGAAGAUGUUGAGAAACCCACAGUCAUGUUAAAAAGAGCGAUUGAGCUGCCUGACCGCUACAGAUAUGAGUGUACCCCAGCAGGUUAUUCCAAGCGGAUUACAGGCUAUCGAGCGGUGUAUUCGCUCUUUGAUGAAAAUAUAUGAAACUACAUCAAGACAUGGUUGUAUUUCGGGUGUAUACCUUUCUAUUUUAAAGAAUUUUUCGACCAUUCGCCUCUUUUACUAUGGUAUAUUCUUUUCUUCUAUGAAAUUCUGUUAUUUACUUUCUAAGCAGGUAAUGACCAUUCCUUCUAUGUUUGUCAAGCUGUGUUAUCGCCAUUAACAAGCAUUUCGUUUUUCUCAUUGCACAAAAAACCUUCAAUCGGUGAUGAAAGAAGGUAUAAAUGGCAAUCUGUCCUGUACAUGUUUUUUUGAAAAAUGAAAUUUUGCUUACACACCGCACAACGUGCAUGUGAAGCGCAAAUUUGAUAAAAAACUGCCUCGCCCUCUUAGCUAUGCUCUACAUCACGGAAAAAAUAGACAAAAUAUUUUUGUUAAAACUGUCACCUCCUCAUAUCAAUACCAAAUGGCAUAUUCUUCCACAACAACAGUUGUUGAGCGUUUAUACGAUGCAAUUCAACCUAUAAAAC